GGAGAGUGGUGUAAUAGAGGGUAAGUGGCCAACAAAGCGGGAUGAAAAAUUAAAGUUUGGGACAGAAAGACACGUGCAACUGAUGCGGGAGAACAACUGAAUGUGCAAUAUCAGCAAGUGUCAUCCCAUCUCUCCCCUAGUUCUCUCGUGCACAUAGACACGGCUGUCCAGCAUAUCCACUACUCACACAUGUUCCCAAGGUAACUUACAUAUCAAAGUGCAAAGCUAUACUGCUUGGCCUCACCAAAGAAGAAUCUAGAAACACUUUGAACACUAAGAAGGAGAGCAAUUUUGACACAAAGCUUUUGUAAGUAUACAGUUGGUAUAAAAUAAACUGCAAAGGAACUGAGACACUAACCCACACAGAAGCACUGCACCAGCCUGUCCUGCACACCUUCCCAUUAAACACAGUGCAUUACAAACUGAUCAUCCAGCCAUAAUCACCAAAAACAGACCCAGCAUAGCUACUGGUCAUUCCUCACGUGUGUCAUGGCCUCAGUCACACAAUCAUCCGGCCCUGAGAUCCCAGACAACCACAGGGAGAGCUGGUUAAACCUGCUGGCUGCAGCAGAGGCCUAUAGCCAGAAGUCAGGCUGUGACUUAGCCAUUCUUACUGCCAGUAAGAAGUACCAUCCCUCUGGUGUGGAAGGCGAUGGAGUCAGGAAACAGGAGGGUGGUGGACUGCCUGCCCCAGGCGGUAGAAAAUGGGAUUUCUCGUAUCAUGUGUGGGGUCAGGGAACACUGGCUGAAUCAGCACGACGGUAUGUAGACGACAUCGCGGUGUUGCACUCCACCACCCUGCUCACAGCGCACAGACACACUCGCCAGGGUGUGGGAGAGGGCGGGACCAAGGCUGGGAUAGACACGCCCGCUGAGGCCGGACUCAGAGGAGUGAGUAGCUUGACGGGUGAUGGCGGGUCUGGGACCACCAGCCCGACCACACGACUUUAUUCGCAGAGCUACCCAUCAAUCUACAGCUCAACCGCCGUGAUUGGCCAGCCUGCAGGUCAGCACGGGGGCGGAGAGAGCGAGAGAGAGAGGGGAGCCGUGGACGGAGCGAGAGAGAGAGGGGGUAUCGUGGACCUUGAGGAGGAAGAUGAAGAGGAAGAUGAGGAUUUGGAUGGAAGGAGGAAGAAUUUGAAUGAAUCAACAGGAGUAUUCUCCAUGGAUGAGGACUCUCUGUCUCGUGACUGCGAACCAUUUUUUGAGUCUGACGGGGAAGAGGAAAGUACAGAUGGCUCUCUGAGUGAGGAUGCCCCACCUCCUAGGGGCAUUGCCAUGGGAUACAGUACGAUGACAUCACGUGCGUCUCACUCGAUGGCCAUGGCUCGCUCCCUCCCCGUGUCUGUGCCUGUGUGGGGCUGCAGGGGCAACCGCGCUGCCCAGGACGACAACCACAGUGGAGAACGGGCUGGCUGUGCAGAUCUGGACCAUAUUGCUGCCAGUAUGAAGGCAUUACUGGUUCCUGGAGCAACAGACGGUACAGAGAUGUUUGGAGCUCUGCCACGGCCUCGACUAAACACCGGCGACUUCUCUCUCAAACACUGACACCAACCCUGUGCGUGCGUGUGUGUGCGAGUGUGUGUGUGUGCGUGUGUGUGUGCGAG